UUUACAGAAAAGCACACUUUUUGGUCCGCCACAUCAGUGAAAUCGCAGUUUUGCGAAAAGAAAACAAAACUUUUUUUCUCUGAUGAGCUCUUUUGAUAAAAAAAAGGUUAACAAGAAAUUAUACCGAAAAUAUUUUCGACUCGUGACGGGUUCGGAUCCAGGUGGGUUCAUUUCAUUUUUAUCGUUCUGGGUCCGGGACUAGGUACUAAAGAAACAAAACUCGGGCUUGGGUCGGGUCUCGGGUACAAAAAAGUGGACCCUUUAUAAUCUAGCCUUUCGCACCUCGGUUUGUACAAACGUGUAUUUGGCUGGGUAAAUUGCCAAAAGAGUGACGGGAGCACCUCGACGAGGCCCUACUUGUUAAAAAAUCUGUUGUUCUUCAUUUUAACUUAUGUCUUCCUCAUUCUAGGAUUUAUUAUAAAUCUGUCGGUACUACAUCGAAAAGUUUAAAAGAGAUAAAAAAAUAUGUUAAAGAACAUGGUUCUCAAGAUACAAUCUACGAUGUAUUUAAAAAUAAUUGUCAGCACUAUGUUAGGUCCGUCAUUGAAGAUUUCUUAAAAUUGGGUUAUCCAGCUGGAUUAGUGGAAACAGCUAGCAAACCAAAGGAUCUUGAGGUUCUCAAUCAACAGGUCGAGUCUUCAAGUGAAAAUAGUAGUAGAAGUUCGCAACCUGUAACGACCCGAAGAUCGUCGCCUGUAAUCACACGAAGAUAUUCACCUGUCACGACACGAAGAUCGUCACCUGUAACGACACGACGAGAAAACAAAAGCAUUCUCCAUGAUAUUUUGCGAUCGGAAGGGGGAGGUUGUUGGGGUCUCCCGCGCGAUUGGAAAUUUAAUCGUUUGGGUAGUUGA